GAACCCCACCCGUUACUGGCCGCCGGCGAGUACAUGAGAAAUCGAAUGAUUCCGUAAAUGAAACCGAUAUCGAUGUGAAUGCCGGGAGAAGUUUAUGAUUUUUGAGUAGAACGGUGAAUUAUCGAUCAAGGCGGCAGUUACGCGGAGAAGAGAGAAAAUUCCCUAGCAGUUGCUUUCCUUCGCAAAUACCCAAUUCGUAAUCGUUUCUUUCAGUGCGGCAACAAGGGUUUCACCGCCUCUAGUCACAAGAGAAGUACUUAUCGACCCAACAACGGAAGAGUGGCCAGAGAUUUUGUGUAUAAUGCAGGCCUGUUGAAGCAGAAGAAUACAAAUCCGUAUGGGCCGAGCGUUUGAAUUCUUAGACGAUACAUCGUGAUUAGCUACAUUGUUUCAGCGCGAAUCGAAGUAACUAUAUUCGGCUGAAACUGAUUCCCUAAAUUGGAGGCCUUAAAUUGCCUCAAGGUGUUGAAAAAUCAUAUGUGAUGUCCAAUCAGCGCAGACACCGGAUAUUAAUGGUCUCUGACUUUUACUACCCUAACUUUGGAGGUGUGGAGAAUCACAUCUAUUAUCUCUCACAGUGCUUGCUCACUCUUGGGCACAAGGUAGUGGUUAUGACUCAUGCUUAUGGAAAUCGAUCUGGGGUGAGGCAUGUGACAGGUGGCUUAAAAGUCUACUACGUGCCUUGGGUGCCAUUCAUUAUGCAAAAUACAUUUCCAACCCUUUAUGGGACUCUUCCCAUCAUAAGGACGAUUCUUGUUAGGGAAAAAAUAUCAUUAGUGCACGGGCACCAAGCCUUCUCGACUCUGUGUAAUGAAGCAUUGAUGCAUGCACGCACUAUGGGUUAUAAGGUUGUAUUCACUGACCAUUCUCUCUAUGGUUUUGCUGAUGUGGGGAGUAUUCACAUGAACAAGGUUCUGCAGUUCACUCUUGCUGAUGUGAGUCAGGCGAUCUGUGUUUCCCAUACAAGCAAAGAAAACACAGUUCUGCGAUCAGGACUGCCACCAGAAAAAGUUUUUGUUAUACCAAAUGCAGUAGACACAGCAAUGUUUAAACCAGCAGCAGAGCGACUGAGCAGUGAUGAAAUUAUUAUAGUUGUGAUUAGUAGAUUGGUCUACCGGAAGGGUGCUGACCUGCUUGUUGAAGUUAUUCCUGGAGUGUGCCGCUUGUUUCCAAAUGUUCGUUUCAUUAUUGGAGGAGAUGGGCCUAAAAGAGUCCGACUGGAGGAAAUGAGGGAAAAACACUCUCUCCAGGAUCGUGUUGAUAUGUUAGGUGCUGUUCCCCAUGCUAAAGUACAAUCAGUCUUGAUAUCAGGACAUAUAUUUUUGAACAGUUCUUUGACAGAAGCAUUUUGCAUUGCCAUUUUGGAGGCUGCGAGUUGUGGAUUAUUGACAGUCAGUACACGAGUUGGAGGUGUUCCAGAGGUUCUACCGGACGAUAUGAUAGUCCUCGCAGAACCAGAUCCAGAUGAUAUGGUGCAAGCAAUUGCUAAGGCUAUCCAAAUACUUCCCCAAAUUGAUCCUCAAAACAUGCACCUUCGUAUGAAAAAACUGUAUAGUUGGCAUGAUGUUGCCAAAAGGACUGAAAUCGUGUAUGAUCGUGCUUUGAAAUGUUCUGAUCAAAAUCUCUUGGAGCGGCUAUCGCGGUACCUCACUUGCGGUUCCUGGGCAGGCAAACUAUUUUGCUUAGUUAUGAUCAUUGAUUACUUGUUGUGGCAUCUCUUACAAUUGUGGAAGCCUGAUGCACAUAUUGAGGAGGUGCCUGAUAUCACGUAUGGCCAACAAGAAGAAAGACCAAGCAACUUUGAUUAAAAAUGAGAUCUUCAGUCAAUUUGAGGUCUUAAUUGUGUGCAGUUUUGAUCAUGUAAAGAGAGAAGUGUAGUUUAUUGGGACUUCUGAUAUCAGGACUGGCAAGAGAGACUGUCUACAAAAAUUCAGAAUUGGUACCCCUUGGCAUUUAAAAAUGACAAUAGCAAUACUUCAAUUUAUACAUCUCUGUUGCCCUUGUAUGUAACUGCAGCUUCUCUGCUUAAUUAACUAGUUUUGAGAUUGCAGUAGUCACUAGUUUGGUCUUUGGUGUGUACAUUGAUAUCAAGCAGCUCACCGUUACUGUUGUAACUUGUAACCAAAGAGCGAUAGAAAUAUGAAUGUGUAGAUGCAGUCCA